CCUCCACAAGCAAAGAGGGUGGCAGCUUCAUUAUUUCAUUGUUCCAGCAGUCAGAAACUUCAGAGUGGAACUUACCAGAGAAGAAAAAGGGAAACCAUCUCAAUGCAAAAGGAAGUAAAACAUUGCCUAAAAAGAAACCUCAGCAGAAGACCACAUUUAUGACUGACCAUAACAUGGCUUGCCAUCUAUUGUCAGCAAGAGACCAUAACAUUAAAGAACUGAAAAAUGAAGUGGCUGUUCUGCGGAAUAAAUUGGAGACAUUUACUGUGGAAAAUAAAAUCUUAAAGCAUCUUCAGUCUCAACUUAAAGCAAUCAGUAAAUAUGAAAAUGCACAGAUUAACCUGCCUGAUCUUUUGGCCACGCAGUCUAAUAAAGUGCUGACUCUGAGAUCGCUACUCAGGGCAUCUCAGGAAAAAGAGCGCAGGAAUUCCAACAAGCUGAGAGAGGUUCAGGCAGAACUCUUAAAAACUACGGAUGCCUUGCGGGCAUUGCAAAAAUUUUCUGAAUACUAACUGGUAUCUUCCGAAGAGAAAGUUACUUUUGGGAUUGGAGAAAACUCCUGAGAAAACCAUGGUCAGCCAAGAGAACAAAUCAGUCAAUCAUCAAAUAAACCAGCUCAGAGUUUUCACUCAAGGCACCAAUGACCAGACUCAAAUUAUCCCACUUGGGACACAUUAUGCAAAGACCAAGCCCUCUGGAGAAGGUUCUAGUGCAAGGAAAUGUGGAAGGGAAAAGAACAGGGUGACCCACAGCAAAGUGGAUGGACUCGGUUACGGGAAUGAAAAGUGCAUCGUUGAAGAGCCUAAAGGACCAGAUUACGAGCAGAUAAUGAUGAGGUUGCUAAAAAUCGAUCAAAACUCCUUUCUUCUUCCAAUUUAUCAUCUUGCCAAAUGAACACUUCUGAAAAAUG